GCUAAGAGUUUUGGGCCCAUAGUGGAAAUAGAAAACCCUACAAAAUCAAAGCUUAGAUUCAUCACUCUCUUGCAGAAUCUUCGACCGCGGCGGCACCACCACAUCCCCAGGGAGGCCAUAAUGGGAAUUGAUUUGAUUGCUGGAGGUAAGAGCAAGAAGACCAAAAGGACAGCUCCUAAGUCCGACGAUGUCUACCUCAAGCUUACCGUCAAGCUUUACAGGUUUCUGGUAAGGAGAACACAGAGCAAGUUCAAUGCAGUGAUUCUGAAGAGGCUUUUCAUGAGCAAAGUCAACAAAGCUCCUCUCUCUCUCUCCAGACUCGUCGAGUUCAUGACUGGCAAGGAAGAUAAGAUUGCUGUCUUGGUUGGAACCAUAACCGAUGAUUUGAGGGUACACGAGAUCCCAGCUAUCAAGGUUACUGCCUUGAGGUUCACGGAGAGAGCCAGAGCUCGCAUUGAGAAAGCUGGUGGUGAAUGCUUAACCUUUGACCAGCUUGCUCUCAGAGCUCCUUUGGGACAGAACACUGUUCUUCUUAGAGGACCUAAGAACUCACGUGAAGCUGUGAAGCAUUUUGGUCCUGCUCCUGGUGUGCCACACAGUCACUCCAAGCCUUAUGUUCGGUCCAAGGGAAGGAAGUUCGAGAAGGCCAGAGGAAAGAGGAAGAGCCGUGGAUUCAAGGUUUAAGGACAUUGUCUGCGUCUUUGAACUUGUUUCUAGAGUGUUGUUGCUUCUUGACUUUUGUUAUAGAAUCGUGUCUUUUGUUGCCAUUUUCAGACAAUAUUUUAAGAUUGUCUCUACUGGAUUAAUUGUGUACUUAUUGCACAUUGUGCUGCACCAUGGAUACAAACCAAACUGACUUUAGGUUUUGUUUCUUGGUUCAUAUUGCACACUCAAACACAAACAUUUUGAUUUGCAUA